UAUCGAUCCAAUACCCUUCCUAAAAUCAAGGAUUCUUUUCAACAGUUGCACGAGGGAUAACUCAACUCGAAACCAUAGACAUGGCACCAACGGAAGCAGAGCUCCUUGCAAAUUACCUCAUCCAGCCAUCUCCUUUGACCGCUAUCGUCACACUCGAGCAAUUCAAAGCCCUCUUUCCCCGUCCACUACAAUCCUCACCUCAGGUUCGAUCACUCUUUCGAGAUCUACAAGCUCAACGCACAGAUCUUCUCGACCAAGUCGCCGAGAACAUCGCACAUGAAGCGAAACGAGGGAUCACAAUGCGGCGAGAAGUCGUGCGGGCUAAGCGCGAGGCAGAGCGAGAGGAUAUAGACGCCGAGAUCGAGAUGGAGCGAGCACUAUUUGGAGAUGCUUCAGGUGCAGCGAGUGCCAAACAUACUCUCAACUCUGUUAUUCCAGAACUUGAGGGUGCCGCAGGUGCACUACAUGCCGAACUUGCACAUUUGAAAGAGGAAGAAGCAACUUUACUCGACUCUGUACAACAGACUACAGGAGCAUUGAGCGAUCUACGAUAUGGGAAAUUCGCUAAUGGUCGAAUAAGCGAGGGGGUUAUUGAUGGCCUCAAAAACGUGGAAACAGCUUGCGAAAACAAAUCAUGAACGAGCAGAUCACUUCAAGGGCGUCUACAACUUCACGAGAAUAAUCAUGAUCUCUCCGAACCAGAAACUUCAUAUAUUUGUACGACAAAUUAACAUUUUCCCAGAUAUCGAACAAUUUAACGGUUCCAUCACUAAAGCCUGUCAAGUGUUUGCUAAGACCGAAUUAUUGGGCGCGCUGAGCACCAGCCUGGGGGGCACCGUUGACGCCUUGCAUGCGACGGGACCUGGUGCUA